AUGCCCUCGCGGCGGCGGCCCGUGGCAGUGGGAACCCCACCGCCGGGUUCCAGAAGGUGCAGCUCGCCGACGGGGACUUUCGGGUGCAGAGCCCGUACAACGUGCCGGUUCCGGUACCACAAUGGCGUGCGCACCUUCUGGGUGCACCGAAACGACAAACCCUUUAACACCGCCACCCACACCAACCCGCGCUCCGAAGUCCGGCUCUGA